AUGAAACGUGUAAAUAACGAACAAUCUGUAAGGGGAAAAGACGAUACGAAUGAAGCAAAAAAAAAGGCAAAAAUUAUUUCACCAAAUUUUAUUCAACUUGAUAUACCUCAAGCAGAAGUUUUAUAUUAUUCCUCAAUAUUCUCACCAGAAAUAUGCUUUAAAUAUUAUCAAGAACUAAGCUCACUUCCAUAUUGGACGCGACCUACGUUUAAAAUAUUUGGUCGUCCCGCAAAAGCUGCUCGACAAACGUGUUCUUUUGGUUCUUAUCCUAAUAAAGUUUAUAAAUAUUCUGGAACCACAGCUGGUGUUGAUUCUAUUGAAUACCCUCCUUCAAUUAAGGAAAUCAAAGAAAAAAUUGAAGAUAUUUUAAAUACCCAAUUUAAUUUUGUUUUAUUAAAUUGGUAUAAAGAUGGACAAGAUUCUAUUGGUGAUCAUUGUGAUAAUGAAAAAGGUUUAGUAAAAUUUGGCGUUAUCGCUUGCGUUAGUUUAGGUGCUAAAAGAACUUUUAUGGAACAACUCAACAAUAUUGGAAACAUUCAAUUCCCAAAGAAAAAUCAAUUAGAGAAGGAAGAAUCAGUUUAA